GAACCGUGUUUUGCCAUUUCCAGAGCCGGUUUGGAUAUAGGACACGGCGUUAUAACUUUAUGAUAUACUGUAUGUUUGCCAUCCAACAGUCACAUCAGGAACAGUUUUCAUUCCGCGCGAUGGCACUAGAAUUUCACAAAAGUUAGUUCUGCAAAUUGUAAACUUGCGGUAAAUUCUGAUUUAACAGUUGAGUUUUCUGGUUUACCGUUGCGCGAUCGUUCGAAAGUUUGUAGUUUUCAGAACGCUUAGAACCGAACUUUGAUUUUCAUAAUUUAUUCGUUAUGGGCGAUUACGACCCCACUUCAUUCUCUGACCCUCGUGUUGUGGAGAUAAAGAAGAUUACACUUGAUUGGACAGUCGAUUUUGAUUCUCAUACCAUUUCUGGAAAUGUCGUCCUCCAGGUUGAAGUGAACGUGGACAAUGCUAAAACAUUGACCUUGGACACAAAGAACUUGUCCAUUUCAUCAAUCAGUACAAAGGAAGGUUCCGGUUUGAAAUAUUCUCUGAGGGAACCACAUAAAGCAUUCGGGUCCGCGUUGGAUAUAAGUUUGCCGGCGGAGUUGAAAAAAGGAACAAUUUUGGACAUACAGAUUAACUAUUCAACUUCACCCAAUGCUGGUGCCUUGCAAUGGCUGAAACCAGAGCAAACAGCAGGAAAGAAACAACCUUACUUGUUCAGUCAAUGUCAGGCAAUCCACGCUCGUUCUAUUGUUCCCUGUCAAGACAGUCCAUCUGUGAAGGCUCCAUACUAUGCUAAGGUCACUGUGAAGGAUCCACUUGUUGCUUUGAUGAGUGCAGUGGGAACAGGAAAGCAAUCCCUCGGUGAUGGAAGAACGGCGUAUACUUUCGAACAAAAGGUACCCACCUCAUCCUACCUCAUAGCGCUUGUGGUAGGUCAGCUUGAAAGCAGGGAUAUUGGGCCGAGGUCCCGGGUCUGGUCCGAAGCAAAGUUUGUGGAGAAAGCUGCUGAGGAAUUUUCUCAGACAGAAGACUUCAUAUCAGCUGGUGAAUCCCUCGUUGGGCCGUACGUUUGGGGACGAUACGACCUUCUUGUGCUUCCGCCAUCUUUUCCAUUUGGGGGAAUGGAGAACCCUUGCCUCACUUUUGUGACUCCUACACUCUUGGCUGGCGACAAGUCAUUAGCAAAUGUGAUUGCACAUGAGAUUGCCCACAGUUGGACUGGAAAUUUGGUGACAAAUAAAACAUGGGAACACUUCUGGUUGAAUGAAGGUCAUACAGUCUUCUUGGAAAGAAAGAUUGUUGGAAGACUGAACGAUGAAAAAACAAGACAAUUCCAAGCUAUCAAUGGUUUGAAAGAUCUUCAUGGUUCAAUUGAAGUCUUCGGGCACGACAAUCAUCUCACAAAUCUCGUGACGACACUCAAAGAUGUUGAUCCAGACGAUUCCUUCUCUUCAGUACCUUAUGAGAAAGGACACACCUUGCUGUUCUACCUGGAAACACUGCUUGGAGGCCCAGAACAAUUUGAGCCGUUUCUUCUCGCCUACAUCAACAAGUUCAAGUACAAAUCACUGACAACAGAAGAAUGGAAGGAUUUCCUAUACGAGCAUUUCAAAGACAAGAAAGCUAUCCUGGACAGCGUAGACUGGAACGCCUGGUUCAACAAACCAGGAAUGCCACCUGUUAUUCCUGAUUACGACAAGAGUUUGGGUUGUGCUUGCAAUGAGCUGGCUGAUAAGUGGGCUAAGGCCAAAGAUCUCUCUGGAUUUCAGUCUUCUGACAUCAAGGAUUUCAAGACUUGGCAGAUCAUUGACUUCUUGGGGCAACUUAUAUUGAAGGACCCAAUGACACCAGAGCACAUAUCAGCGAUGGACAAAUUGUACAAGUUUUCUGAAUCUGGCAACAGUGAGAUCAAAUUUAGAUGGCUACGACUCGGAAUUCGUGCGAAGUGUGAGUCAGCAGUUUCUCCAGCUCUUGACAUGGUGACUGAGCAAGGGAGAAUGAAGUUUACAAGGCCUUUGUACAGGGAUCUUGGUGGUUGGGACCAAAGUCGUGAACGAGCAAUCGAGAGGUUCAAGCAGAAUAAAUGCUACAUGCAUAGCACUACAAGUAUGCUGGUUGAAAAAGACUUGAAAAUAUAAUUAUUGAAUAAUUCCACUCAGAUUUAAUUAGUGUUCACUGUUCAUUUUAUAUAUAAUUAGGUAAUAUUGAUUAUGAUGAUUAAACAUUGUGUGAGAAUUUUUUGAUUGAAAUUUUGCUAAGUAACUGUUGCUUUCCACUUAUUACUUACCAGUACCAUAUGCCUUGUUCAGUUGGAAUCAUUGAAUCGUAACUAGCCAGAAUAAUAAUUUUUUUUCAUGGUAACGUAGUUUACAUAUCUAAAAAUCAAUUUCAGUUAUUAACUGGUUAAAACCGAGAGAUACGAUUUGCUAAUUUUUUGAAAGAUUGUCUCAAUAUAUAUAUUAGGUAAGGUUUAUUACCUGUCAACCCUUGUUGUGUGGAACACUUUGAAGCAUGGAGGUAUUGAAAUCUUUUUGAGGGGGAUUGAUUAGGGCUUGGGAUCUUUAAAAAAUCCAUGACUCCAUGAUAAUUUAAGAAGAUAAUUCCCGACACUGUUUUUAGCAAAUGAUUUUGUUUCAAGGCUUAUGUGAUCUUGAUUAUAUAUUUAUUGCCAACCUUUGUUUUGAUGAAUAAAUAAAUCUCUCUAUUCGUUGUUGGAUAAAAUUUUGAUUUUUAUGAAUGCUGAUUAUCACCUACCCUGGCUUAUUUAGCCUAAUCUUUCAAAUCCUAAUGUUAUGGAAAUUCGUCAUAUGAUCAUUUCCUUUUCUGUCCUGAACAAUUAUGAAAAUCUACAUUAUGUUCAAAAAUAUGUGACAAUUUUUUUGAAACGGGUAUAGAAAUAAUUAGAGAAAGUGACUUCAA